AGGUAGAAGCCACACUUAUAUUGCACGAGGAGCUGUCCCCGCUACCUGCACCAUGCUGGGCCUCAGACGAGGAGCUGCAGAGCACUGCUGAACCUCCCUCGGGCAGCAAGAGCCUCCCACAAGCCAUGCCAGUGCUGCAGGGCUGGCUGACAGGGCUCUGACUCUCACCUCCACUGAGCAGGGCUGGGUUCAGCCUCACAGCUGCUCCAGCCCUCAGACAGAGGCUCUGCUCUGCACCCGACCCCUUCCAGCACCGAGCAUCCCCUGAGUGCUGUCCCAGGCUCAGAAGAUGGCUGCUCCAGUGCUGGGCUGGCUGGUGAACCACUCCCUGCUCCUCCCCCUGGACUCUGCCCAGCUGCUGGGCACAAAAUCCUCCUGCCUGCAGCUGGCCGCCACGAGGAACGUGAACAUCAUCCUGCAGCACUACAACUUCUCAGGCAAGCUCACCACCCGGCCCUCCGGCGACGAGGGCAUGGGGCCGCUCCGCAUGGCCUUCGCCAUCAUCAGCUGCCUCAUCAUCCUGGAGAACCUGCUGGUGCUGCUGGCCGUGCUGCGCUGCCUGCGGGGCCGGCGCUGGGUCUACUCCUGCAUCGCCAGCAUCACCCUCAGCGACCUGCUGGCGGGCAUCGCCUACCUCUGCAACCUCUGCCUGUCGGGCAGCAAGACCUUCCAGCUGUCCCCGCAGCUCUGGUUCCUGAGGGAGGGCAUCCUCUUCAUCGCCUUGGCCGCCUCCACCUUCAGCCUGCUGGUGACGGCCGUGGAGCGCUACAGUGCCAUGGUGAGGCCCAUCGCGGAGAACGAGGCCAGCAAGACCCUGCGCCUGCGCGGCCUCAUCGUGGCCUGCUGGCUGCUGGCCCUCGUCAUCGGGCUGCUCCCGCUGCUGGGCUGGAACUGCCUCUGUGAUUUCCAGGCCUGCUCCGUGCUCCUGCCGCUCUACUCCAAGAAUUACAUCCUCUUCUCGGUGGUGAUGUUCAGCAUCAUCCUGCUGGGCAUCAUCGGGCUCUACAUCUCCAUCUUCCACCUGGUGCAGGCCAGCUCCAGGCAAACCUGCUCCCGGCACGGCCGCCGGCGCUCGCUGCGCUUGCUGAAGACGGUGCUGAUGAUCCUGGGGGCCUUCAUCCUCUGCUGGAGCCCCCUGUUUGUCCUGCUGCUCUUUGACGUGUUCUGUGACACGGGGGCCUGCAGCCACCUGCACAGCCUGGACUGGACGCUGGCCCUGGCGCUGCUCAACUCGGGGGUCAAUCCCGUCAUUUACUCCCUGCGCAGCGUGGAGGUUCGCCGCGCCGUGGGGAGCCUGCUGUGCUGCUGCUGCCUCAGGGCCGGGCUCUGCGGGCCCGGCAGCUGCGUGGCCAUCUCGGACAUCAACUCCGGCUCCUCCACGGAGAGCUCCCUGCGCGGCCGCGACAGCUUCCGCAGCUCCGUGGCCUGGAACGCGCGGCCCAGGGCGCCUCUGUCCAGCAACUCCAGCAUGAUGAGCAACCUGCCCAGUCUGUGAGGGGCCACGGCGAGGGCACGAGGGGCCACACAGCCCCCGGGACCUCGUGGUGCUGCUGCUGGCCUGGCAGAACCGUAGCAAGGCUGGCCAGUUGUGAGCUGGGCCAGGAUCUGCAGUCCCAUCAGACUGGGGUGGACUCAGGCUGGGUGCAGCACGGGGUCAGGGAUUGCUCCCAGGCUGGGAGUGACAGACAC